CUUCACCUCGCCGUCGUCCACCUCUACUCACCGGCGGCCACCCUUCACCGGCGUAGAUUAUUCAAAUUGAAUACGAAGCCUCUCCGUGGAGUUAGAUUCGUCUCAUCCUCCUUCAACUACACUGAUUUCUCGAUCUCUACCUGUAAUUGGCUUUCUCAGUGCAGAGAAAGGAGAAGGGGAUCUAUCCCCACCCUUUAACUGCGCUAAUUUCUCGAUCUCUGUAUGGAGAUGGAGACGGCAUUGAAUAAGAUCGAGAGAGCUCAUCGGAUGUACCGGGAAUUAAAGCAUCGAGAUGCUCUUGAGCUUUAUACGGAGGCGCUAGGGAUGGCGAAGAACAAAUCUCAGAAGAUCGCGCUGCAUAGCAACCGGGCUGCUUGCUAUCUUAAACUCCAUGACUUCAAGAAAGCAGCUCAAGAGUGCACGUCAGUUCUCGAUUUGGAUCAACAACACACGGGAGCUUUGAUGUUGCGAGCACAGACACUAGUCACUUUGAAGGAUUACCAAUCGGCCCUCUUUGAUGUCAACCGACUUAUGGAACUAAAUCCCGCAUCAGAUGUGUAUCGAAACCUACAAGAUCGACUUAGAACACAGUUGUCUCUAGCUCCAAUACCUGAAUCUGAGGAUGAGUCAUCGUAUCAUGACGAAGAUGAGAAUAUCGAAUCAACUGCUUUAAAUAACGUAAAAAAGACGAAUAAGGCUGCACUUAUAUCUCCUCAUCCCACUGUUAUGGAGACUCGAAAGCCCGAGACGCCAACUCACUCAAAUCCACAAGGUUGGGAAGCCAUCCCAAAACCUAAAGGUCAUUCUGGUUUAGAUUACUCAAGAUGGGAUAAGGUGGAAGAAGAUUCAAGUGGAGAGGAAGAAGAUGAUGCAGAAGAGCAGCGGCCUCAGUACAGAUUUCGUGUUAGAACUGUUGGGGUUCGUCCUGUAAAGUGAAAGGUUGAAAAGGAAAUUUAUUGGAUUUAAUUUUUACCAGAUCUUUUGCAACAGUUCAGAAUUUAUAAAGAUGAAGAAUUUCAUGGUGUGGUUUACUGAACCCAAUCAAUCAGUCACUGUAUGAAGCAAAGGAUCAGUAGAACCAGGUUUCAGCUAGAUGUCAUCAGCUAUGGUUUUAACGACAACUGUUGCAGUUCCCUUAACUGACAGUUUCGAUGAAGAAUGGAACAUAUAAUUUGUCUUAUUGAUAUAAACAUUGUAGAAAUAAAUGGAGUUUGCAGGACUUAGUGUUCUGUCAUCUACCAGUGGGUGACAAUUUGUAUUUUGUUACAUAACCUUCAUUAAUUUGUGAUAUUGUAAAUACUUUUUCAA